AUGAACUCGCAAUCUUCCGUCCACGAAAGCGGCGAGGGCAUCAGAGCGACCAAGGUCGACAUGUGCUGCCAUGUCGAAGAAGCGGCGGCGAAUGAUGGGGAGAAAUUGCAGCAGGUCUUCACUCAGAACUCCGUUACCAUCACACGCUCAUCCUGGUGGGAUAACCGAAAAGUCCUCGCUGUGUCCUGCUUCGUGAACUUUGCGGCCUUCGAAUAUGGCCUCGACCAGGGUACGGUCAAUGGCUUCCAAGCAAUGCCCGGCUUUCUCAUGGUCUUCGGUUACAGAAAUCCAGCCCUCCCAGGAGGUCUAGGCAUCACUACCACGGUUCAGCAACUCAUUACCAGUCUAGUGGCCCUAGGCAUGCUGGUCUCUUCUCUAGCCUGCGGUCCUCUGAUGCACCGAACUGGCCGCAGGGCAGGUAUCUCCAUCGGCUGCGCCUUCGCAAUCAUCAGCGCCACAGUCCAAAUAGUUACCACAACCGUCAGUGGACUUUAUGUUGGACGUUUGCUUCUGGGCCUCGGCAACGGCUUACUAUUGACGGGCGCUUUUCUCUACAUGAACGAAAUAAUGCCCGCAAACCUUCGCUCUCUCAACUAUACCAUUUACAUCUUCUGGGUUAACCUAGGCAACCUUAUCGGCUCCAUCAUCAACAAUGCCACCUCGGUCAGACUCGACAGGGCCUCAUAUCAGAUACCCCUCGGGACCUUAUACAUCAUGGCAGUGAUCCUUCCGCUCGGUCUGUUCUUCCUGCCCGAAUCUCCCCGACUUCUUGCCCUCAAGGAUCGCAAAGCCGAAGCAACGAAAGCUCUCCGAUUCUUCAGAGGAUCAAAGUGGACGGACCUUCAGAUCGAAGAGGAAAUUGCCGAAAUCGUCCAUGCCAUUGAAGUGGACCGUGAGCUGUCCCAGAGUGCCUCCUUUGCUGCUCUGUUCUAUCGACCAAACCGGAAGCGUUCUCUAAUAUCUAUUGGCGUCUAUCUAUACCUUGCCGCCUGCGGCAGCCAAUUCAUUGUUCAGUAUGGCAUCUACUUCUUCGUCCUGUCUGGCGACACACAUCCAUUCCGCGAUGGUGUCAUCCUAGUCUGCAUUGGCUUGUUUGGAGGUCUUGUUACACCUCUCUACACAGGAAGGGUCGGUAAACGCGUCAUCCUCACCGUCGCACCUAUCAUUGGAGGCUUUUGCAUGCUGGGAAUGGGUAUUGCAUACACCACUCACGGCUUAGACAAAGUGGGCGCCAAUACUAUCCUGGCAAUGUCCUUCCUCUACAUGUUUAUCUUCGCCGGGGCACUAGCACCGUUCGCCUCGCAGGUCGCCGCCGAACUUCCAAGCCAGGCUCUUCGUGGCCACACGCUGGGUCUUGCCUCAGCCCUCACCUAUCUUGGUGGCUGGCUUCUCACAUUCACGGUUCCGUAUUUCAUUAACCCCACAGCAUUGAACUGGGGCGCUAAUUACGGAUACCUCUGGGUUCCAUUCAACUUCCUCAUCGCAGCCUUCACCUACUUCUGCGUUCCGGAGACCAACAAGCGGACUUUGGAGGAGAUCGACGAGUGUUUCGUUCAGGGAGUGCCGGUCCGCAAAUUCUCCUCCUACGAGGCCGUAGCUUCUCGGCAGGCUAGAGAGGAUGUCAUUAAGAGCUACCGGAAGACAGCACAACAAGAUUGA